AUGAGCCCCAUCACUAACCGUAGCGCAAUCUACAACUCCAUCCCAGACGACUACCCGGUCCUGAACGAGACUAUAACUCUUGGCACAGAUAUAAUCGACUUGGAAUCUGUACCGCUCAACGGCGGAAUACUCGCCAAGUCCCUCUGGCUCUCGAUUGACCCGUUCCUACGCGAGCGUAUGCGUGACCCAAGUAUCGAGUCGUACGCACCCGGGUAUCAGCUUGGUAAACCGAUCUCGGGGUAUGCAAUCGUCCAGGUCGUGAAAUCCGAGCUGGCCAACGUCAAGAUUGGUGAUUUUUUGAGGUUCGAUGACUGUCCAUUCCAGGAAUAUAAUGUUUUGUCGCCUGAUCAUGUUUUUACUCCGAUUAAAGAAGAGGAAGGUGUACCGUUGUCGUUGCACACUGGGCUACUUGGUAUGCCUGGGCAAACUGCGUUCUAUGGUUUGGAAGUCGUCGGGAGGCCAGUCAGGGGAGAAACCAUCUUCGUAUCGUCAGGGGCCAGCGCCGUAGGCUCAUUGGUUGCACAACUUUCCAAAGCCAAAGGGCUUAAAGUCAUUGCCUCGGCAGGGUCAGAUGAUAAGGUCGCAUUUAUGAAAAGCAUUGGUGUAGACGUAGCGUUCAACUAUAAGACCGAGAAAGUAGAGGAUGUCCUUGCUAGGGAGGGUCCGAUUGACAUAUACUGGGAUAAUGUAGGGGGGCCGACGCUUGAUGCUGCAUUGGGUGCAUUUACCCGUGGUGGACGGGUUGUUGUAUGUGGAAAUAUGUCGGAUUAUAAUACCAAACAGCCAUAUGGUAUCAAGAAUGCUGGACAGAUACUGUCUAGACGGCUUCGGGUAGAAGGUUUCUACUGGUUCCUUGCAGGAGAAACUUACGAGGGCCAGAGAAAUAAAUCAGAGAAGUUCAUGCAGGCUGUAGUACCCUUGGUAAAAUCGGGCAAACUCAAGUGGUCUGAACACGUUUAUAGUGGGAUCGAGAGUGUGGGCGAGGCAGUAGUUGCAGUUCAAAGAGGGACUGCUACUGCCAAGGUCGUAGUGAAAGUGGGCGAUAUCUGA